CCAUAAUUACGUCACUCUAUAGACGACAAGUCAUGUGUUUUGGUGUUGUUUACAGUGUUUUGAAUGCAAUCAACGAUUCAUUGAAUGCAUUGUUUUCAGCGAUAUUUGCAUUCAUUUCAUGUGUUUUCAAAGACAUUGUUUUGUUGACAAUAAAUGACAACUCAUUCAAUGAUAAGACAAUUGACGCCAAAGGGAUGUCAAACGCGAGCCAUAAUGAGUCCCAAUUGAUCUGCGAUUCGCCGCUUUGGGACAAUGACGUGUUUUGGUGGACAACAGCGCCGCGACUGACCGACUGUUUUCGGCAGACAAUCCUCAUAGCGAUUGGUCCGACACUUCUCCUUCUGUUGACACCCUUUGACUUCAGAUACUUUGCGUACAAACGGAGCACUCAAUCGAUCCCAUGGCGGCCAAGAAAUGUCUCCUCAGCGGUCCUGAAUCUGGUGUUAGUGUCGAUCAGUUUCUGGCAUUUGAUCCGUUCUGUGUUGAAAGACGUCCACUUCUGGAGCACAGUCUUCGAGCCGAGUGUCGACUUCACGGGUCUAUCGUUGGCAUACAUUUUGCAGAUCUAUUACCGCCGAAACGGUCGCCGCAUAUCAAUAGCACUUCAGGUGUUUUGGUUUAUAACAGCUAUUGUGUCGAUAAUACGGCUCUAUUUGGAGUUCAACUUAACGGACGACACGAUCACAGACACCGCCGGCCAUCACUUGUCUUAUCUGAUCGUAUAUUGUGUUUAUAUCUCGACAUCAGUAGUACUCCUCUUGUUAUCUAACGUAUGCGAUGACGCGUCCGAUCGUCACAUAAUCACAUCCAACACACAUCACACCCAUUACUGUCCUCUCGAGAACGAGUCAGCCCUCUCUCGGAUCACAUUCCUAUGGGUUCUUCGCUUUUUGCGCAAAGGAUUCAAACGAAGGCUUCAAUUCAAAGACUUUCACCGCAUCUGUCAUUCAAUUAAAACUAAA